UUCAGCGUCAGCCGGAUGUGUUGUGUCUUGUGUGCUGUGCAUGUGCAUGUUGAAUCUUGAAUCAUGGAGUAUCAUUACAGAACAGACUAAACAGAUUAACAGAUAGCUAAUCAAUAUUGAUUGAGACGCGAAUAUGUCCAAGAAAAAACUGUAGAAUAUAUUUUUCCGUUAUCAUUUGCGAUACAUACUGUUACUACCAAAGAGAACGUGAAAGUAGGCAGUGAACUCAAGUGACAAGUUCUAACGUCAUGUCAAGCUAUGUUUGCCCCACUUCCUUAGGCAACAAAAUAACAGGAAUACAUAUCAUUUUCUCAUUCUUCCUAUUAUCAUUUGACCUGAAACAACAGGAUAAGGAACUUAAGAAAGCGUCUGAUCAUGUCACAAACUAUUUUUGUCUGUGGUGACCUUACAAUUUUGAAAAUUUUUCCGUCUGAAGCAGAUCUGUGUGAUAUCAAAACAAACAUUCCAUGUCCAGUUGACCAUUGCCCAAGGAUCUUCAAGAGUUCCUCGAAUCUGACAAUGCACCUAGAGAAGUAUCAUAAGCUCAUCGAACCAAAUCGAAGCAGUCUCGAAAAGAAGAGUGAUAAUGUAAUCUAUCAGUAUUAUUGCCCGGUCAAGUUCUGCCAGUAUCAUGAUAACAUAAAGUCAAACAAGAAGAAAAUAUUCUUUGACCAGCUGAAGUAUUUGAAACAGCAUUUUCUUAAAGUGCAUAGUGAAAAACGCUUCACAUGUAGCCGCUGUGACAAGUCUUUCUCCAUUGAAGCAGCUUUAAAACGCCAUUUGGGUGAAUGUGGUAUUGAAUUUAAAUGUUCCUGCGGCCAGUCUUAUUCGUCACGCCAUAACUUACUCUUGCACGCCACGCGUAAAAAUCAUUCAGUAGAUGAUAAGUAUAGAAGACUGAAGAUGGCAAAAACAUCCUUCAUGUGCAUUCUUCCAAAACCCUCCAUCCCUGUUUGUACUGAAGAAGGGCUGCAGAUUUCAAUUUCUCCUCAAUUUAGUCCAGAACCAAAGACAAUCUUUAAAAAUCGAGAAAACUUGCAGUUGCUGACAGGUUUGUCGAAGAAGAAACGUAUUACUGCAGCACCACGAGCGAAAACUGAUCUAGGUUCAUUAGUCAAAAGAAAUAUUGUUCUGAAAAAAUUAAUGGAGGUUAAAGAAACUACUUCUAAACCAUCUGAUUUUUCAACAAUUUUUCAGAGCAAGAAUAAUUUGACAGAAGUUUUUGACUUGGGGAAUACAACUUUGUUGGAAAAUGAUAAUCCAGUCAGAGGUUUUGGCCCGGACUCCAAUUUCCAUAUUACUAAAAAUCCUAUCAAAACUUUUGAAAGCGCCCUCAAUAGUUCUGAUGAGUCAAAAUUAAUUGUAAAGAUAGAAUGUAAUGAGCCUGCUAAUUCUAGCUGUCCAGAAUGGUCAGGACCAGGCGAAAAAUCAAGAGAUAGCGAGCCCCUCCUGGGUUUUCCCCAAACUGACAUGAACUUAAAUGAGCUCAAUAGUUUUAGUAGUAAGCGCAACUCCGACAUUAGGAGCGUAUUUGACGGUUGUGAAUUGCCAACGUCCCCAAAAUUAUCUCAAAGCACUCAGACUAUGGAGCCGUUUGCUUCAAAUUUUGCAUUUACACGAACUGGCUGUGAUGUCAUUUUUGAUGACGGCAGCUCGUGCAACUACUAUGAUAGCUUUGAGUUCUCUAACUCACCAAAACUCUCUCAGAGCACACAAACAUUCCACUCCUCUAGUCAGCUCUCUCAGACAGACAUUCAGUCAUCUUUCUUUGAUGAUUCCUCCAACAAUCUAUCAGAUUUGAUAAGCUAUUAUGAUAACUUUGAGACGUCCAACUCUCCGAAAUUAUCACAAAGCACGCAAACCACUGGGCUUAGCCUGUGCUCAUGGUCUGACAAUAUCACACAGACAGAUUUGGAGGAUCAGCUUUUUGGCGACUCGCCUAUCGCGCAGUUGGACGAAUGCUACCGUAUCAAUUAUGAAACCUCAAAUUGCAAACAAUUGCGGGAAGAAGAUGUUGGCACCCAGACGGUGUUCCUGCCAUAUCAAGACAUUAGGAAUAAUAAAUCCCUGCUUGAUGAACUGACCACCUCUGAAACCCAAACUGAUCCCUUUGAAAAUCCGUAUCAAGUGACAGCUCUUUGGUCUCAAAGUUUUAGCAGCACUCAAACGCAAACAUCUACAUCUUUCAAUUACCUGAUCGACUCGGAGACACAAACCCAAAAAUUGUUGAAUCGGUUAAUUGAUAUCGAAACUCAGACGCAUGUUUCAAACUUUUGUUAGGACUAGCUUCCUCUUACUGAAUCCAUCUGCUCCAUAAACUUAUACCUUUUUGAGUAAAAAUAGACAGGCCAAUACUGUUGACAAGAACUUUCGAUAAUUAUCAUCUUGAAUGAAGAGUACAAAAAUUUCACUGGAAUGUGUACUUGAGAGUGUCCCUUUUAGAGCAUCAAAGCCAUAGAAAAUAAUCAUUUUGUGAAGGAAAAUUUUGAGUCUCUUACUGUAUAAAUGUUCCAAUUUUACACUAUCAUCUAUUAAAAUUAAUUUUGUUGAACCUACCUCUGUCUUUACUUUUCGGUGCAAAUUUAAUCACGAGAGACCACUCAUGUGAAAAAGACUCUAUGCAAAGACCCCCCAAAAUGUCCCGUCUCCAAAAACGAAAUUCAUACUAGUGAUAGAGGGACACUUCCGGCCUCCAAAUCCUGGGUUGGUUUAGUUAUUUUUGUCCCCAGCCCCCUGAGGGACAUAAUGUACAUAAACUGUAUUCUAGGCAUAAGGAUGACCUGUCAUAUUGCCUGUAUAUAUACUGUGGACAAGUGAAAGAAUAAAAAUUAGUAUUAUUAUAUUAUUAUUAUACAAGUUUUUAUUUAAUUUAUUUAUACACCUAUUCAUUUGUCAUGUCUUUCUUUUGUAAGUAGAAAAUUGAUGGCCAAAAUGCGAAAUCUUGUAUCUCCAACGUGGUGUCUCAAAAUUUCUGCUCUUAUGUAUUUUUAUUUUUUUGGAAGAGAAACAAGACAACAAAAAUAGAAUGCUCAUAGAAAAGAAAAAUCAAGGACGUCUUCGAGGAAUUAUUACAUUUGGUUGAACCAUACUUACCUAUUAGGUUACUGUGCUUUUUUUGAUAUGUUUCCUAUUCUAAGUAACAGCAAUGUCGAAGGAUGUAAAAACAUUAGAUACCAACAUAAUGGUUGUGAAAAAAGAGGAGAAGCUUUAUUCAAAAAAUCUUGCAAUUGGUAAAAUUGAAUACUCGUUGUAGGUAUUGAUGUUCUGUUCAGUCAUAAUUUUUUUUCUGUUGCAUUAGUUGUGGUAAAUUUUGGCGCAGGUGUAAUAAAAUCAUGUAUACCAUCUCACUCAUUUCAGAGUAUAGCUGAUGUGAGUGAAUGUAAAAUCGCUUACCUAGUCUCAUUUGUCUUUGUUUUCUGGUGAAUUGCUGAGUAAUUUUAAAACAUUCUGUUGCAAGAUAGUUAAGAAACUUUUAUGUUGAAUUAUUCAGUAAAUGGAAAACUUUUUGCAGUUCUUUUUAAAAUCCCAA